AUGUCCCCGCAGUACUGCAGCCGUACCUGUCAAGUUGCUCACCGCAGCCACCACAAACCCUCUUGCACCUCUCCCCUCAUCAAAAAGACGUGGAAUCCCAGUUGGGUCCUGGAGCGCCGCACGCCCAAGUUCCUCACUUAUGGUCCUUCCAGCCAGGACAAAUACGGAGCGCGCAAGUACUUCUGGGGCAAUAUACCAGCCUUGGACAUCAUCCAACUCGCGUCAAAUGAGGGUCUGGACUACGAUAAAGAUCUCUUUCUUCUCUUCGCCGCUUCUGGCGACCCACGGAACAUCGUCAAGUCCGUGGGCUCUCUACCAGAUACAUACACCAAUCGAGUGCGUCUCUUCAUCAAUGACCGGGAUUUUGAGGUGGUGGCUCGCAAUCUGAUUAUCUGCCUCAUCGGACUUGUCGUUGAAGAUAGUACGGAGGAUGUGACCUGCAUGCUUCAUGUAUGGUACUCAACACUGAUUCGUGCAAGUGAUGCCACCAUCCUCACGACCAAGAUUCUGCCGCUAUUUGAGGACGUCAACCGCAAGAUUGAAAUGAAGGGACCGGGCGUCGUCUUGGGCAAGACCUGGACACUGGGGGAUAACACCUGCCGGGCCGAACUCACCAAGGAGAAGUGGCAGGAGCUGCUACGAUUUGUGAAAGACACCGCCGGUCUGACGCGGGAGCAGGCCCACCAGAUUCGGGCGGCCGUCACCUUGGCACCACAGCGGGUGGACUACAGGGAUCGCUGGCUCUUCUCUCAGCAGCCAGCCCAUCGCGUCUGCGCCAGUAGAUUCUUCGAUGAUGGCCUUCUCCUUCCAUUUGGUGCCUCACGGGAGGAGUUCACUGUGCCGAACCCUGCCAAUCCUCUACAGGGCUGGWGCGCUUCUGAGGUCUCCAACACCGAUUCGGGGCCAGCAUCCCGCGACUUGUACGGCAAACUCUUCUACCACAUCAGCUCGCAUCUGGCCAGUUUCCACAGCCGUCUCGCACACCAUGGCAAUGACUUCUGUUUCCUACAAGUUGAUGCUACGUCGCUGAAGGAUCAGAAAUCACUGCACGACAUGAAGUUUGCGAGAGUCGAGAUGUCGAACAUCUCGGAUGCGUUCUACUUGGGAAUCACCCAGACUUUGACGUGCUUGGGCGUCAUGUUGCAGAGCCCAAAGAACAAUCCACAUGCCACGCUACUCACUCUUUUCAUGAACGCCAUUCCCGAAAUUCUGCACUAUGAGGGAGGCUCAGCAGUCGCUCGCAAAAAAAGAAUCAGAGAAAUGGCGCAGGCGGGCAAGUUUUUCUCGCGGUCUCUUAUCACAGACUUCAGCAUGAGUAGUCCGAGGGUGCUGCAGAUGACUGACGCUGUUUGCUACUUUCGUGAUUUUGACGACUACUUCGAAAGCUACAUGGCCAUCAAAAAGUUCAAGGAGAUCGAGGCUCAGAGUGUCAAUCUGCUGCCUGGAGGUAUGCUAAUGAAGAAGCGCCAUACAAUUGUCGAGAAAUGGCCGCUGCGACUGAAGCUGCUGUAUGGCGAUCCCGGUGCACAGUCGGAGUUCGAUAUUCUUGAGGCAUCAGGCCACACUGGCCACGAGCGCUAUAUGGAGUGGAAGAGAGGAGACUGA